UCCGGCCGCCGUAAGAGGGGUUGGGCUUGGUCUUCUCCCGCCAAUUUAAAGUCGGGCUAGAACCUGAAGACCUUAAGGGCGGUUAGUGUCCAAAAGAGCGGCCCUAAAACUGAGUGUUCCGCUUUAGUUUCUCCAAUUGCAGGGAAGGCAGUGAUUCUCGAAUCAAAAACAGUCUCAGAAACAUGUGGAAUGAGAUUGAGCUGCUAACAAGUGAUGAUACAGGAAGUGGGUACCUAGGUGUUGGAUCAAGAAAAGAACAUGGAACUGCUUUAUAUCAAGUAGAUUUACUAGCCAAGAUCUCUUCCGAAAAGGCCUCAUUAAAUCCAAAGAUACAAGCAUGCAGCUUAAGUGAUGGGUUUAUCAUUAUAGCCGACCAGUCAGUGAUACUGCUUGACAGUAUUUGUAGAUCGCUUCAGUUGCACCUUAUAUUUGAUACGCAAGUGGAUGUAGUUGGCUUAUGUCAAGAAGGACAGUUCCUAUUGGUUGGGGAGAGGAGUGGCAACUUACAUUUUAUCCAUGUGACGUCCAAGCAGACAUUGCUCACUAACGCUUUUGUUCAGAAAGCUAAUGAUGAAGAUCAGUGUACCUACCGAACUCUUGUUAUUGAGAAAGAUGGUUCAAGUGAAGAGAGGAACUACAAGAUGAAAGGAACUGGUAAUUGCGCAAUCUCCAAAUGGGAGCCAGAUCCGCUCAAGAAAGAAAUGACAGUUAAGAAUGUUAUUGAUGCAGAGAUUAUUAAAGGUGCAAAGAAGUUCCAGCUGAUAGAUAAUCUGCUUUUUGUUCUUGAUGCUGAUAAUGUGCUGAGCUUAUGGGAUAUUUACACUCUAAUUCCCAUAUGGAACUGGCCCUCUCUUCACGUAGAAGAGUUCCUUCUUACCACCGAAGCAGAUUCGCCUUCUUCAGUCACGCGGCAAGGGAUUACAAAUCUCAAAUUAGUAGCUCUGACAUCUACUAAUAAGAAGAUGAAAAAUUUCAUGGUCUAUUCAUUACCUAUGAUGGAAAUACUGUACUCUUUGGAAGUUUCUGGUGUUUCUUCUCUGGUCCAAACAGGAAUUAGCACAGAUACCAUAUACCUUCUGGAGGGAAUUUGCAAAAAUGAUCCAGAGCUCUCUGAAGACUCAGUCUCUGUCUUAGUACUCAGAUGUCUUACAGAAGCUUUACCAGAAAACAGAUUGAGUCGGUUACUUCACAAACACAAAUUUGCUGAAGCUGAGAGCUUUGCCAUUCAGUUUGGGCUGGAUGUUGAGCUUGUUUACAAGGUGAAAUCAAAUGAUAUAUUGGAGAAACUCGCUCUGAGUUCUGUGGACACCAGUGAGCAGACCGAAUGGCAGAAACUAGUAGAUGAGGCUAAGGAGACUCUACGUAAAAUCCAGGACGAUGACUUUGUGGUGAAUUACUGCUUGGAGGCUCAGUGGAUAACCUAUGAAACGACCCAGGAAAUGCUAAAUUAUGCCAAAACCAGGCUUUUGAAAAAAGAAGACAGAACUGUUCUUGUCUAUUCUUAUGGCUUAAAAGAGGUCCUAAGGGCUCAUGAAAAAUUGACUACUUUUUAUGGAGCAUUUGGACCAGAAAAAUUCAGUGGUAGUUCUUGGAUUGAAUUUCUGAAUAAUGAAGAUGACCUUAAGGAUAUUUUUUUGCAGCUACGAGAAGGAAAUCUUGUUUGUGCACAGUACCUUUGGCUUAGACAUCGGGCAAACUUUGAAAGCAGAUUUGACGUGAAAAUGCUUGAGAACUUGCUCAACUCGAUUUCUACACCAGUCUCCUUGCAAAAGCUCUGUCCCUGGCUUAAAAAUGAUGUGAUCCCGUUUGUAAGAAGGAUUGUACCGGAUGGACAGAAAAUUCUUGCAAAAUGGUUGGAGCAAGCAGCCAGGAACCUUGAAUUAACUGAUAAGGCAAACUGGCCAGAAAAUGGACUUCAAUUGGCAGAGGUGUUUUUUACAGCAGAAAAACCGGAUGAGAUGGGAUUGGUGUCCUCCUGGCAUUGGAUUUCCUUGAAGGAUUAUGAAAACACGGAGGAAGUGUGUCAGUUAAGGACCCUGGUAAAUAACUUGCGAGAGUUGAUCACAUUGCACAGGAAAUACAACUGCAACUUGGCCCUCUCUGAUUUUGAGAAGGAGAACACUACCACCAUUGUGUUCCGAAUGUUCGAUAAAGUGUUGGCGCCAGAGCUUAUUCCUUCCAUCUUAGAGAAGUUUAUCAGAGUUUACAUGAGGGAACAUGACUUGCAAGAGGAGGAACUCCUUCUCCUGUACAUAGAGGAUUUAUUGAAGAGAUGUAGCUCCAAGUCCACGUCACUCUUUGAGACGGCAUGGGAAGCAAAAGCCAUGGCGGUCAUAGGAUGUUUAUCUGACACAGACCUCAUAUUCGAUGCUGUGCUUAAGAUAAUGUACGCAGCCGUGGUUCCCUGGAGUGCGGCGGUGGAGCAGCUGGUGAAACAGCACUUGGAAAUGGACCACCCCAAGGUCAAGUUAUUACAGGAGAGUUACAAACUAAUGGAAAUGAAAAAACUUUUACGAGGCUACGGAAUAAGGGAGGUGAACCUCUUAAACAAGGAAAUAAUGAGGGUGGUCAGAUACAUUCUCAAACAAGAUGUCCCAACCUCCUUAGAAGAUGCUUUGAAGGUGGCCCAAGCCUACAUGUUGCCUCCUGAUGAAAUCUACAGUCUGAGGGUUAUAGACCUGAUAGAUAGAGACCAGGGUGAGGACUGUGUCCUUUUGCUGCGGUCUCUGCCCCCAGAGGAAGCUAAGAAGACUGCAGAAAGGGUCAUUAUAUGGGCACGACUGGCAAUGCAAGAAAAACCAGAUGAUUCUAAAGAGGACAAGGCCUGGAGAAUGUCUGUAGUGAAGACAUCAGUAGACGUUCUUAAAGUACUGUGCGACAUUCAGAGAGACAAUCUGCAGAAGAAGGAUGAGUGUGAAGACAUGUUGAAUCUAUUUAAAACUGUUGCUAGCUUACAGGAGAACUUUGAGGUCUUUCUUGCAUUUGAAGAUUAUAGCAAUCACUCCCUGGUAGCAGAGCUCCGUGAACAGUACAUCAAAGCUCAAGAAGUCGCGCAGGCGAAGCACAAACCCAGGGGCACUGCAGAGCCGGCGGCGGCCAAGAAGAGCCUGAGCACCGAGUCCAAGCUGCACCGACAGGCCCUGGCCCUGCAGGUGUCCGAGCAAGAGCUGGAGGCGGAGCUGACCUUGAGGGCCCUGAGCGACGGGAAGGUGGGAACGGCACUGAAAAAAUGCAGAGACUUGUUUAAGUAUCACUGCAACACGGACACUGGGAAGCUGCUGUUUCUGACCUGUCAGAAGCUUUGUCAGAUGUUGGCUAAUGACGUUCCGAUGACGGCACCGGUGGGACUAAGCCUUCCUUCCGAAAUACAUGACCUCGCGUGCCAAGCUGCCACCAUCUGCAGUCCAGAUUUCCUCCUAGAUGCUCUGGAACUGUGUAAAUACACGCUAAUGGCCGUCGAGCUUUCCAGACAGUGCCAGAUGGACGACGGGGAGAUCCUGAUGAAAACUUCUUUUGGAACACACAAAGACCCAUAUGAAGAGUGGUCCUACAGCGACUUCUUCAGUGAGGAUGGGAUCGUACUGGAGUCGCAGAUGGUGCUCCCUGUGAUUUACGAGCUGAUCUCAUCACUGGUCCCUCUAGCUGAAAGCAAGAGACAUCCCCUGGAUUCUACGAGUUUAUCAUACUGCUCCAUCAGUGAAGACUGUCUCUUCUCUCAGUGUGCUGUAGUUGCCUGUGUCUUUGUAUUUGUCACUUCAUGUCAUAUCCCUAUUCAAAUCUUGGCCUAUUUUCUGUUUGGAGAGGCCAUGUUAGUUAAUUCAAGGAAAGUUAUGGUGGCAUUGAAAGAGAAAGCCAUUACGUUUGUCAGGGGAAAUGCUACAACACUGUUGCACAAAGUAUUCAAUUGUCGCCUGGUGGAUCUUGACUUGGCAUUGAGUUACUGCACUCUCUUACCCCAGAAAGAAGUGUUUGAAAGUCUCUGGAAGCUCAUCGAUAAAGCAUGGCAGAAUUACGACAAAAUUUUGGCAAUAUCUCUGGUGGGCUCUCAGCUGGCCAGUCUCUAUCACGAAACAGAAAUGGAGCUCAGAUUUCGUGAACUCAGUACUGAUGCCCAGUGGGGUAUUCGCCUUGGUAAACUUGGUAUUUCUUUUCAGCCGGUUUUCAGGCAACAUUUUCUCACCAAGAAAGACCUCAUUAAAGCUCUUGUGGAGAAUACAGAUAUGGACACAAGCCUCCUUCUGGAAUAUUGCAGCACCUUUCAGCUGAACUGUGACGCAGCUCUUCAGCUGUUCAUUGAAACUCUGCUCCACAACACGAACACCAGCCACAGCCAGGGGGACGCGAGCUCGGCCUCCGCAACGCGGCAGCACGCCAGACUCCUGGCCAAAGCCCUGGAAAUGGUGCCUUUGCUGACGAGCACCAAAGACUUGGUCAUCAGUCUGAGUGGGAUACUCCAUAAGUUGGAUCCCUAUGACUAUGAAAUGGUUGAAGUUGUCCUGAAAGUUAUCGAAAGAGCCGAUGAAAAAAUAACCAACAUUAAUAUUAACCAGGCCUUGAGUCUUCUAAAGCACCUGAAGUCCUACAGGAGAAUUUCCCCCCCAGUGGACCUCGAGUAUCAGUAUAUGUUGGAGCACGUGAUAACGUUGCCAUCUGCCGCCCAAACCAGGCUGCCUUUCCACCUCAUAUUUUUUGGCACCGCACAGAACUUCUGGAAAAUCCUCUCUACGGAGCUCAGCGAGGAGUCCUUCCCGACACUGCUGCUCAUUUCCAAGCUAAUGAAGUUUUCUUUGGACACUCUGUAUGUGUCUGUCGCCAAGCAUGUCUUUGAAAAAAAACUGAAGCCAAAACUAGUGAAGUCACCACAAGCGAAGUCCUCAACAUUGAUUAACAAGGAAAUAACCAAGAUUGCUCAGACCAUCGAAUCCUACUUACUGUCGAUAGUCAACCCGGAGUGGGCGGUAGCUAUUGCCUUCAGUCUUGCCCAGGAUAUCCCAGAAGGUUCCUUCAAGAUGUCCACUUUGAAAUUCUGCCUGUAUUUAACCGAGAAAUGGCUACAGAAUAUCCCACCUAAGGAGGAAACUCGUGAGAAAGCCGAGGCCUUGUUGAAGAAGCUCCACAUUCAGUACCGGCGAUCAGGCACAGAGGCCGUGCUCAUAGCCCACAAGCUGAACACGGCGGAGUAUCUGAGGGUGAUUGGAAAACCAGCACAUCUCAUCGUCAGUCUGUACGAACAUCCUAGCAUCAGCCUCAGAAUUCAGAAUGCCUCUGGCAAGGACUAUCCCGAUAUUCACGCAGCAGCUAAAGAAAUAGCCGAAGUCAAUGAAAUUAAUUUGGAAAAAGUGUGGGACAUGUUGCUGAAAAAAUGGCUGUGCCCAUCCACAAAACCUGGCGAAAACCCAUCAGAAAUAUUUGAACUUCAAGAAGAUGAAGCACUGCGAAGAGUCCUGUAUCUCCUUCAGUCUCGUCCGAUUGAUUAUAGUUCAAGAAUGCUGUUUAUAUUUGCAACAUCAGCUACAACUACAUUAGAUAUGGGUCAGUUAACCUUUGCCCACAGAACACGGGCUCUUCAGUGUCUCCUGUAUUUGGCUGACAAGGAAACCAUAGAAUCGCUCUUCAAAAAGCCCAUCGAAGAAGUCAAAUCUUACUUGAAAUGUAUAACUUUCCUGGCGUCUUUUGAGAUGUUGAAUAUCCCCAUCACCUAUGAAUUAUUUUGCAACAGUCCUAAGGAAGGCAUGAUUAAGGGCCUGUGGAAAAACCACAGCCACGAGUCCAUGGCAGUGAGACUGGUGACUGAGCUUUGCUUAGAAUACAAAAUCUAUGACCUGCAGCUGUGGAACGGACUCUUGCAAAAGCUUCUUGGCUUCAACAUGAUUCCUUAUCUAAGGAAAGUUUUAACAGCCAUUUCUAGCAUCCAUUCUUUGUGGCAGGUGCCCUACUUCAGCAAGGCCUGGCAGCGUGUGGUCCAGGUCCCGCUGCUUUCAGCCUCUUGUCCUUUAAGCCCCAGCCAGUUAUCAGAUUGUUGUGAGAGUCUCAUUGCUAUUCUCGAAUGUCCCGUUUCCGAUGAUCUCGACAUGGUUGGAGUCGCCAGGCAGUAUGUCCAGUUAGAGCUUCCAGCUUUUGCGUUAGCCUGUCUCAUGCUCCUGCCCCACUCAGACAAAAGACACCAGCAUAUCAAGACCUUUCUGAACUCGUGCAGCCCUCAGGUCAUUUUACAGCAAUUGGAGGAGCACAUGAGCACUGGCCAGCUGGCAGGGUUUUCACAUCAAAUUCAAAAUCUGGUUCUGAAUAAUAUCAGAAAUAAGAAGGAGUUUGGGAUUUUGGCAAAGACAAAAUACUUUCAAGUGUUGAAACUGCACCUGAUAAACACCAACAACAUCACUGACCUGGUAAACUAUUUGGCAAAUGAAGGAAGUAUAGAUGAAGCUUCCGUCUUUAUAAGUGAGUACUCAAAGCACCGUGGGAACCCCGUGCCCGCAGACGCCGCGCCCUGUGAGAUUCUGAAGAUGUUUCUUAAUGGAUCAUAGUCAGUCAUCAAACCUUUCUCAGGAAGAGCCAGAGGAAGUUUGGAGCCCGCUAUCAACUGACCAUAUUUAUUACGGUUGUUAAAAUUGUGCAA